ACAGAAUAUAAGACUCGGGGUCGUCAAUAUAGAUCAAAGACUCUAAUUUCCACUGUUAAAACUCAAACUGGCCCUAAAAAAUGAAGUUGUUUAUUUUUAUUUUUACCUGUGUAGCAAUUAUUGAUUACGGUUGGUGCAUUGACUGCUAUAAAUGUCAAAACUGCGACGAAAAUAGGCCAGAUACUUGGGACAAAAUUAGUUGCGGAGUUUACGGCGUUCCCAUUCCGAAAAAUCUCAUAUGGGCCUGUCUGACCAUAGAUUUCACGAAUAAAACUACUUUACAAGAAGAGCAAGUGAGAAAGUGUGUACUAGCUGAGAAAAAACAAGAAAGUCUUACUUUCAAUUGUCCGAUUAAUAUCGGCGAAAUAAAAUCGUGUAAAAUUUGUUCAAAAGACUUUUGUACGUAAUUGAUACGUUAAAAAUUUGAAAUUCAUAGUAUCAUUAAUCUUAUACACACUCAAACGGUCACAUGUAACAAAGAAGAACACAGAACAAAAGAUAAACAAUAUUAUAUUAAAUAAAUCCGUCAAUUUAUAAAAAAAUACAUUUAUUCAAUAUCGGGCUGACUUAGAAGUUUUUUUGGCUUUCUUGUGUAUCAAAAUUAAAAGUCUAGACAGGUAUCACGCUAAAGAAUAGCCAGGUCCAUUGGAAGUUCCGCUUUCCGCUUCGGCGAUCGCUUUUAACAAUUCUUUCCUUGCUUUGGUUCCAAUAAAUACCAACAGAAAUGCACCGAGUA